GAAGCCACUGAAUUUCUUUCGAAUUACGAUUAAGAUCUUCUCUAAAUUGCUUUCUACUCCAUUAAUGUCUCACAAUUACGCACCUUACUUUUCUCCGCGUCACUGCUAUUCUCUCUCCCGGAGAGAUGGGCAAUUCUCCGUCGUCUUCUAUCAAUCCUCGCUUUGCUUCCGCCAAAAGAGCGUUCACUGAGAAGGAACUAGAAGACCUUUACUCAUUGUUCCUUUCACUCGCCGAGAAAUCUGAAAGAAAUGCCCAGCACAUCUCCCCUUCUGUUUUCAAGAAUCACGUUGGAAUUGAAGGGCCGCUGGGGGAUAGAUUGUUCGACUUGGCCUCUCAGAAUCGCAAGGAUCAAAAGCUUACCUUUGAAGAUCUUGUUAUUGCUAAAGCAACUUAUGAAAAAGGAACGAAAGAUGAGAUUGAAGAGUUCAUCUAUCAACUAUUAGAUGUCUCUGCUGAUGGCACCGUUGGAAGGUCUGAUCUUGAAGCUGUUUUAACUGCAAUGCUAGAUAGUGUAUUUUCUCAACAACAUGGACCAGGUUCACAUUCGGAAGUUAUUGGCAUACUCCUCAAUGCUGCAAAUUUCACAACGGAUAGUCAAAAACCGGCUGAGAGUUGUAUGUCAUAUGAAGAGUUUAGAAAGUGGUGCGCACUUCUCCCAUCUGUAAGGAAGUUCCUUGGAAGUUUGUUGAUGCCAUCUGAUCCAGGUUCUGAUGUUCCUAGACUAGUGCACCAGGACAAUAUUAAUUCUAAUGUAAUCUUGUUAAGGAAGGAAUAUGCUUGGCUAAUUGGAGGUGCCCUCCCUCAAGAGGACCUGCAUGAAUGGAAACUUCUUUAUCACAGUACAGUUCAUGGCUUAAGCUUCAAUACAUUCUUGGGAAACGUAUCGAAUGACAAAGGUCCUUCUGUGUUAAUUAUCAAAGACAAAGAAGGUUAUAUAUACGGAGGUUAUGCAUCUCAGCCAUGGGAGAGACACGCAGAAUUUUAUGGAGAUAUGAAAUCGUUCAUCUUCCAACUUUACCCAAAAGCAUCAAUUUUCCGCCCCACUGGAGCAAACCACAAUAUACAGUGGUGUGCUGUAAAUUUCAGUUCGGAGAGCAUUCCUAAUGGCAUUGGUUUUGGAGGAAGAGUGAAUCAUUUUGGGUUGUUCAUCCUAGCCAACUUCGAUCAGGGCCAUACUUUCCCAUGCACUACAUUUGGCAGCCCCAGCUUGUCAGCAAGCAAUGUUAUAUAUCCAGAAGCAAUAGAGUGCUGGGGAGUCAUCGUCAAGAAAGCUCAAGAAGAAACACAAGAUCGCAUCAAAGGAACCAUACUUGAGAGAUUUAAAGAAGAUCGCCAUAUGCUUAACAUGGUUGGGCUUGCCAAUUCAAGCGAGUGAUCUUCCCUAAUUUGUUUCUUUCCCUACAUUGUUCCCUUACACUAUAGACUACUCCCAUGGCAACAAAGAGGAUUUUAAAUCCGUUUUUCAUUGUACUAUAGGAAAGUUCAUGAAGAACUUGAAUCAAAGUUUCAAUAUAUCUUUA